AUGCGGAUGCCGGUGAGCGAAAACAUCCUCGGGCGCGCAUUCAGCGGUAGCGGCGCGCCGAUGGAUAGCGGCCCGCCGAUUGUCGCAGACGAUUAUUUGCCGAUCGACGGGUCGUCGAUCAACCCGGCGUGUCGCGCGUUUCCGCGCGAAAUGCUGCAGACGGGCAUUUCCACCAUCGACGUGAUGAACAGCGUGAUCCGCGGGCAGAAACUACCGCUGUUCAGCGGAUCGGGGCUGCCGCACAACGAGAUCGCCGCGCAAAUCUGUCGGCAGGCGCAGUUGGUUGCGGGAAAAGACACUGCGGACCACCACGAAGACAAUUUCGUGGUGGUGUUCGGCGCGAUGGGCAUCACACUCGAGACCGCGCGGUUUUUUCGCCAAGACUUCGAAAAAAGCGGCGCGAUGGACCGCGUGGUGCUGUUUCUAAACCACGCGAACGACUCAACAGUCGAGCGGAUCAUCACGCCGCGCAUGGCCUUAACGGCGGCAGAGUACUUGGCCUACGAGCGCGACAUGCAUGUGCUGACGAUCAUGACUGCCGGACUUGACGGGCUACAUCACGGAGGGACAGAUUUUCGUAGAUCGCACCCUGCACAAUCGACACAUCUACCCGCCGAUCAAUGCACUGCCUUCGCUGUCGCGGCUGAUGAAGUCGGGCAUUGGCGAGAAGUACACACGUGUCGACCACCCGCAGGUGAACGAUCAGCUGUACGCGAACUACGCGUACGCAGAGGACGUGCGCACGAUGAAGUCCGUGAUCGGGGAAGAAGCGCUGUCGAGUGA